GUUUCAUUUCAUGUACUGUGUGCAACUAAACGCUAUUGUCGUUUCGAGCCCAAAACCCCAACUUGGAGAUUUUGGUGCUGUUAGGGAGUCUCCUCUGCGACGGUGGUUUCAUCUUCUCCUUCUCGUUUCUCUGCCAGCAUGAAGCUCGUUAGGUUUCUCAUGAAGUUGAACAACGAAACUGUAUCGAUUGAACUCAAGAACGGUACUAUUGUUCAUGGCACCGUUACAGGUACUCUCUUCACUCUUCCACUAGGUGUUGAUAUCAGUAUGAAUACACAUUUGAAAACAGUUAAACUAACCCUGAAAGGGAAAAACCCAGUUACUUUGGAUCAUCUCAGUGUGAGAGGUAACAACAUUCGUUAUUAUAUCCUUCCUGACAGCUUGAAUCUUGAGACUUUACUGGUUGAAGAGACUCCUAGGGUCAAGCCUAAGAAGCCAACUGCUGGGAAGCCUUUGGGACGAGGAAGGGGGCGAGGACGUGGACGCGGCCGUGGUCGUGGCCGCUGAGUUGUGUAUCACAAAUUUUGUGGCAUUUGCUUGUACCUUAUUGUAGGGGAAUUUUCUGGGCAGUUUUAAAGACAUCAAAGGAGUGUUAUUGUUAAUUAGUCAUGUUGACCUGGUAUUGUUGCUACUUUCUUACAUCAGUGCUUUAAAGUUCUAGUUUAUAAUUCCUUCAUGUUGGAUAAUGCCUAAUACCUCUCAACUGAAAGAAAACUGCCUAUAUGUGCAGUUUGUCCAAGAUAAGGAAAGUUAUAGGAAUUACUGAUGAUUGUCCUUGUUCGUAAUGGUGGCUGUGUUAAAGACUUUUAUUACAU